AGUACAGUGAGCGUACGGAGCGAUUAAUCCGCCCACAUAAACUCAAAGAGCAGGAAAACCUCCAGCCGGAGUAUAUUGAUCGUAUGUUACGAGAGCAACCUCACCUGUACCGAGAAUGCAAACUGCGCAUUACAAAGGACCAAAGAAGAAUCGCUUAUGGGGAGAUUCAAGAUGUCAAAACUGAAGAUGUUUUGAUCGAGGGAAAUACUCGACAAAGUUUUGAUAAAGAUACCGUCGUAGUUGAACUGACCAACUUACCUUCGAUUGAGGAAACUGCUCCUCAUGGUUAUCGAGAAGGACUGAAAGGAAAAAUAGUUUGUAUCAAGAACCAUGCAAUUAGUCUCCGAGAACGGCAGUUUGUAUGCACCAUUAGCAGGGGUAAUCCCAAGGUCAUGUGCCCCAUCAAUGGAUCGAUGACCCCUAUGGCAAUCUUGACGGACGAAUCAUUUAAGGGAAUUCCCAUAUACAAAAAAUUUGCGCCAGAGUCCGGGGAGAGACUGGUGUGCGUAGAACGUUUGCCUCUCAAAGAGGCGCUGAGUGAUAAACAUCUCUUCGUAGUGCAAUAUUUGCAAUGGAGACGACAAUUUCCUUUCCCACUGGGAAUUGUGACUAAAAAGAUUCCCCGAGGCCACAAACUUAAAGAUUCCCUCAAAAUUCUUGAUUUUGAGUAUAUGGUCAAGGAACAUUUUCCAGAUCAUGUAGAUCUUGAGACGAAACGACAAGUUUCAAAAUGGUCGAAACUUCUUGAUUAUGAAAGGAAAAGCCGGCCGCCCGUGCUAAAUGUAUUUACUAUCGAUCCUCCCGAAAGUAGAGCUUUAGAUGAUGCCCUGACCGUAGAAACUCUGGAAAAUGGUACGAAAGUGGGAAUUCACAUCGCUGAUGUGUCUUACUUCGUGAAGCGCGGAAGUAAGGUAGAUGUCGAGGCAGAGAAAAGAGGCACCUCUCACUACAAAGGGCAUCAUAGUGGCGAGGCAUUGAUGCUUCCGGAAGGAUUAAGCUAUGAUAUAUGCAGUUUGCUUCCAAACAAGGAAAGACUUGCUGUUUCUAUUUACAUAGAUUUGAAUAAAGAUGGUCGUGUCCAGAGAGAAGAGCAACUUGAUUUUUGCCGCACAAUCGUAAAAUCACAAUGCCGUUUGUCAUAUGCUGAGGCUCAAAGAAUCAUUAUGAACGAACCUGUCGAGGGAAGGCCUGAAGUAACAUCAGAGAUCAGAGAAAGUAUCAAAACCUUGAGUGAAGUAGCCCAGAAAAGGAGGAACGUACGGCUUGCUGACGCUUCAUUUUAUCAUUUCGACUACAAAGACAGAAAAGAAGACCUUGAGGCUCAUGAGCUGGUGGAAGAAAUGAUGAUCUUGGCCAAUGCGUCGGUUGCCAAAUAUCUGAUAGGAAAGAAAGAGAAGCUGCUCCCUCUGCGAGUUCAACUUCCACCUAAAACGCACAAAUUCAAUGAGUGGAGGGAAAGGUUUGGAAAUUGGGCCAAGCUGUCUCUCUCAUUGAGAAAACACCUGGUCCAAGAUGUUAGUUCUGUAGAGAAGUUUGUUCUGCCGAUCUCUACAUGGAAUUACAUCACCAAGACUUGUCGCAAAAAAGAUUACAGAAAGUUGAAGCAGUUAAUCUGCAAUGAUAACCUCUAUCCACAACUCUCAGUGGCACGCUCCUCUUUGAAUGCUGUUGCAAGGGGGGCCGUAGAUGUUAAAGCAGCUGAUGUCCCUUUAAAUCAGAGAAGCCACUGGUCUUUGAACGUAAUGGAAUACACUCGUUUCACGUCUCCAAUCCGGCGUUAUCUCGACAUUGUAGUUCAUCGUUUGUUGCUUGAGAAAGAAGGACAAGAUCUAGAGUCAGAGGAUCUUUCUAAGCUCAUUCGCCGAUGUUGGUUUUUGACUGAACAAUCGAGAGAAUUUCAGAAAGAUUGUGGCCGAAGUCGUUUUUCUUUUGAUCUUAAAAUUGCAGGUUACAGAACCACCGCCGUCGUUACAGCCAUUGCGUAUGAUUUCAUUCACCUAAGGCUUCUUUCUGACGAAGACGAGUAUUACUCUUCUAAUCAGAGCGGGGUCAGGAUUAGCGACUUGGGACCAAUUGAACAACCGAUGGUAAGUGAGUCGUCUUCAUGUAUUGAACUGAACUGGAAGUUAAGACUUUACGAUGCGUCAACUGCAAAUAUGAAGCGGGCAAGGCGAACGAAGGAUCAGCGAGAACAUCUCCGUCAAGACAAAAUGACCAUUGAGGCUAUUUUGCCCAGAGAAAUAGACCUUUCAAAAGCUACCCACAAUAUCCCUGGAUUUCUCUGGCUUAAAGUAUUAGAAGCUGUUAAGGAAGAUAACCAUGCGAAGUUGAGUAGCUUGUUAGAUGAGGUACACAUCUGUAUUGAAAGAGGAAGGGAUGGUGGCAAUCAGCCAACAGUGGCAGAGGGAAACGAAGAUGAUGAUGAUGACGACGGCGAUGACUAUUUUUUCGAAAAUGAUGAUGACAGUGAUGAUCACGAGAGUGACUCUGGGAGUGACAGUGAAGACUUCGAUGAUCAAAAAGCUUCAAGAAGAGAAGAAGAUUUGGAAUUGCAUUUUAUUCACACUGAGCUGGUGUUAAAAGUCUCUGACGUAGUUGAAGUACAUCUCUCAGCCAACGAAAUGGGAGCGCUCAUGUUACCUGGCAUUCAGCUCUUUGAAUUAGCCCCUGGUGUCAACCUGUGUCUCGAGCACAGAAAGCAUACUGAUAAAUGCUUUGCAGAAGUUGCAUCAGAAAAGGCAUCGCUGGCACGCUAUGGAAGUUUAACGAAGUAUAUAAGCCUAUGGAAACCUUUACUGAAAAUGGAAGCUGCAACGGACGCUGUAUCAAAUGAUGACAGCUUGGUUCUGCAAAACGUCCAAGUAAUGUGGAAGAUGAAUGAGAAGGGCAAUCUAGUUGGAUCUUUUCAGCUGUACAAACCAUUUACUGACACCAGACAGAUAGAAAUUUUUUGUGGGGACUACGCUUGUGUCAGGGUUCCUUAUCAAGCUUCCUUCCCCUGCGGCUUUUCUGAGAAGUUUCCACAUCGGACCGACGAAAACUAUUUAGCAUCCUCUGGGUACUCCGCUUUGUACAACAAUGCACAUGGGGCAAAGAAUGCUAAUAGCAUAAAAAGUUUUACCAGCGAGAGGAAAUCAACGGAACGAUAUUUUGUCUGUCACUGUGUCUUCACUAGAGCAGAAAGCUCUCUUAAUUUUACCCUCCAGCUGUUUCAAUCCUCAAUGGAAACUCCUAAAGGCCUCAUGAAAGGCGAGACUAGGAUUUGCGCCGUGGAAGUAAUAAAACAAACUAUCCCUUGCAGACGAAUGAUCAAUACCAUGGAAGAUCUUCCAGAAGCCACUCCACUUGCUCAUGACAUAUGUCUGGGAAGGGCAACCAGAUUAGAUGUUCUCCAUAUCCGCUUACCACAAGAAAACCUUUCGAUUGCUGAUUAUGUUGAAGAGUGCAGCUUAAAAAGGCUGAACGAUCUUCAGGUGCAAGCUGUAAAGAAAGCCCUGCGAACCCCCUUCACUCUCAUUCAAGGCCCACCUGGAACUGGAAAAACCAUCACAGGAGUUCACAUCGCUUAUUGGUUUGCAAUGAUUAACGAAAAAAACACCCCGUCAAAUAGAACGACCCCAGCGGAUGAUGUUUCCAACAAAGCUCCUCCUCAGGUCCUUUACUGUGGGCCCUCCAACAAAUCUGUAGAUGUCGUUGCAGGUGAGGGAUAUUUUAAAAUAUAUGGAUGUAAGUGGUGCUUUGCAAGCACCAUACCCAUAAUAAAGUUCUCUGCUCGGCCAAAAAAAUAUUUCCUACAGCUGAAUGGACAGAAGUUUACAACAAAUUGCAAUGUUUUUGUACAUUUUCAGUUGAUAAAGACAGCCGAGCAGUGGGCGAUUAGAAACUCGGAUAACGGAGAACACGUGCAGAUAGUUCUUUGCACGUGUUCGGCUGCUGGAAGCAAGAGAAUAAAAGAAGCAUGCAACAAUGUGUGCCAAUGCAUAGUCGACGAGUGUGGCAUGUGUCGGGAGCCAGAGACUCUUAUUCCAAUUGUCUCAUCAAAAGCGAAACAGGUGGUACUGAUUGGAGAUCACAAACAACUUCAACCGAUUGUGAAAAAUAGAGUGGCGAGGUCGCUUGGGCUGAGUACAUCAAUGUUCGAGCGAUUCUCGGACCAUGCAUUCUUGCUUGAAGAGCAGUACAGAAUGCAUCGAGAUAUUUGUGAAUUUCCGUCUACAAUGUUUUAUGAGGACAAACUUAAAACCUCUUCUUCGGUUGAUGAUCGAGACAAAAAAGCAAAGAGAAGCAAAAAGUUUCUUAAUUUCUGGCCUUGCCAUAAAGAUAAAGAUUACGUGCCUCUUGUGUUUUGCCACGUGGCUGGUGAGGAGAGGGAGUUAGCAGUGACAACGGAACAAGGCAAUCAGCGAUCAAAGAGUAACCUUCAAGAAAAAGAUAAAGUGGUGGAAGUUGUAAGAAAACUGGUCCAUUCCUGUGGUGUGAAAAAGAAUCAAAUUAUUGUACUGUCUCCUUACCGUGCUCAGUGUCAUGUCAUCCGCGAAGGACUCGCGGGUGAAAAGUUAUCAGAUGUUCCUGUUAUUUCCAUUAUCAAAAGUCAAGGGAGUGAAAGUGAUUUCGUUAUCAUCUCCUUGGUCCGGUCGUUACCAGAGGCCCAAAUAGACUGUGAACCUGACCGCCAGUGGUUGAGAGAAUACCUGGGUUUUGUGACAGAUGAACACCAGAUAAAUGUGGCUCUAACGAGAGCGAAACAAGGAAUCUGCCUUAUCGGCAACAAGAAUUUGCUUACUGUAUGUGAGCUAUGGGGCCACCUGAUUCACCAUUACAAAAAUAAGUCAUGCCUUGUUGACGGCGAUAGCUGGCCGUGGAUAUAAACAGCAACACUGACUUCAUAGGCAUGAACCGUGCUUACAAAUGUUAAAAUACACUAGCUCCCUUUUAUAGAGGAAAGGCGCUUAGUUAUGUUUAUAAGAUGGUGCCGAUGAGCGAGACAAUCAUCUGAGAAAUCCGUGCGCCUCAUCUUUACUAAGUUUGCUUACCUGUGCUCCCAUCUUGCCGUUCCAGGCAUUGUUUGCACACUUUCAGUUUUCAACAACUGCUUUGUAACAUACGCUAGGUGAAUCCUUUUUGAACUUUUGUUUCCACUAAACAGUCAUAUGAAAGUUACAUUUGAUCUAUUAUGUGCAAACACUGUAACAUUCAUCACCCACAGUUUCUUUUUCUAGAUAAAGUAAUCUGGAUGUAAGUAAUUUAAUCCUCAUAUCUGAUUUAGUUCGAACCACAAAGAGAAAAGUUUUACUGUAUAACUGUUUAAAACAAAUAAUAACUGAUAGAAAAAUUGUAACCUUCAUCUUGAAUAUAAUGCUAAGUGAUCAUAAAAGCUGAAAGCUCAGUUAGCAGCAAAUUUAAUUGUUUCAUUCUGAAGAAGAUAUUUAGAAUUUGGCAACCUUCCUCAUAAAAAUCAGCCUAUCAGCUCUUUUACAAAUAAAAUUUGGUCUAUGCAAUCGCUGAAAAUCGUUCUUAUGCCAAAAUUUGGAUAUAUGUGCAUGCAGGUUGUGUAUUUAUACUGUAACGGUAUUUUUGAUAAGUAUAGUAACAUCUAUGGGAGAUGUGGGGAAUAAACUAGUUGUUAAAGACA